CUUUGACAAACUCUUUUGUAAGGACACUUCGUACAUACGUACUUCUACCCUACCUACCUACCCUCUCACUCAUUCACUCACUCAGGCUGAUUGAUUGUACGGCCUGCCCGCCCCGCCUGCCUCUCGGCCUUUCUAAUGUGGUGCUACAGGUGUUAAGUGCUUUUGGCUGAUUUGUUCCCUCCCACAACCCCACCCCACGCCACCGACCCACUUGUCUGCCUGCCUGCCUGGUGCGGACGCGAUUUGUUUUUUGCGCCGUCGUCGUGUCGUAUCCUGUCUCAUUCAUUUUGUGCAUGUCCUGCUGCCUUGCCUGAGUCGUCCUGUGUGUGGAUUGUGUGCGUGUGGGUGUGGUUUGACAGAGGGAGGGAGGAGUGUGUGUGUGUGUGUGUGACUGUGCCCCUAGUCAAUGGAUGGAUGUGUGUUGGGUGUUGGGUGCGUGGGUGAGUGGACUAUAUUUUUUCCUUGCCUUCCUCCCUCCCUGUCUGUCUGUCUAUCUGUGCCUUUCUGUCUCUCUGUCUGUCUGUGUGGCUGACUCUCGUCGUUUCUUGUCUUGUCUUGUCUUCUUGACGGCCUUUACUGCAUGAAUCAAUGCAUAGCAAGGUCUUUUGUCUUUUCGUUCGCCCGCCUGUCCGCCUGUUCUCUCUCUCUCUCUCUCUCUUUCCCUCCCAUUCUCUCUCUCUCCGAUCCUCUGCGUGUGCAUGUGUUGUGUUGCCCUUUGUUUGGGGCGGGCGGUGGGUGGGGUGGGUUGGGGAGGGGAGUGGCGUGAUAUAUGGGUGCAUGAGGAGUGGCUCUAGUCAAUGUAAUAUCAUGCGUGUAUGUGUGAGGGUCGAUGUCUGCUGCGGUGCGCCUAGUCGAAUGCGAUGCAAUCGAUCGUACUGAUGGAUGAAUGGAUAGAUGGAUGGAUGCCUAAUUCGAGCAAUUCGAUCAGCGCGAGGAUGGCCACUUUCACACGACCGACAAAGAAGGAAGGGCGCAAACAGACAGACGCUGCAGACAGACAGACCACACAGAGAGAGGCCAGAUCAGGUCAAAAGAGACAGAUGUCAAGAGAGAGAGAGCGAGAUGAGCAAAGCCUCUGGGCUGGCGGCCUGGCCGGUAUACGUGCGUACGUCACAGUCCCCCACUGCGUCGAUCUGUCUAUCAUCACUCUGUAUCUGCCAUCGAACAAACUGAUGGCGGUCAGGGCGAUUGGAUGGAUGGGCGUACUGGUGCCGGCAGCCGACCCAUCGAUGGGAUCCAUGGGGUGGGUGGACGAGUGAGUGAAGGGAUUAAAUGAGAGAGAACGGGGCGGUGCGGGGCGGUGCGUACGUACUUUCUGUGUCUGUCUGGUUUGACCUGGCCUGGCCCCCCCCUCCUCCUUCUUAUGUAGUUGGUCAGUCUCAUGUGUGCGUAUGCGUCUGCGUGUGUGUCUGUGUGUGUAGAACUCGUGUGCCUGUCUGUCCAAACAAACAUGCUAGCUAUAUGGUAUUUUCAUAACCAUGCCUCUCCCUCUCUCCCUCUCUCCCUCUCUCUCUCUCUCUCUCUCUCUCUCUGUGUGUGUGUGUGUACGUCUGCUGGCGCGCGCUUUUACGUCUCGAGGGAGGGCUCGAGGGCGCCUGCAGACAUACAUGGCACUCACGAAUCGACUCGAUCCUCGAUCACUUGGUACCUGCCGACUCUCUUGCUGCCUUCGUUCAUACCUGCGUUGUGUAAAGUGAAUCUCUAUCUGUCCGUAUCAGGGGGCUCUCGCGCAUUCCUUUCUGUCUUUCUUUCUUUCUUUCUCUCGUGUGCUAUUCUGAAAAUUUAUCACCGUAUGUGGUGUGGUGUGGUAUGGUGCGGUGUGCGUGAGGAUGUGUGUGUGGUGUGCGACGUUUUGGCGCACAUAUGGGAUGGAUUGGGAUAGGGGUGUGUUGUGUUGUGUGCGGCCAGUCUGUCUUCUGGUCAGAUCAGAUGGAAGUUUUAUACAGGCAGGGCUCUCCUCUCUCGCAUCGCAUCGCAUCGCAUUCAUCGCUGGCUCGCUCCUUCUUUCUGCCUGUCUUCACCUCUCUGUUUUCUCCCUUUCUUCUGGCUGGCUAAGGGGAGAAACCGAUUUCGAAACCAAUCGAGGCCGUAGGAACACUCGUUGGUAUUUUUUUCCGUCGGUGGAUGUAAUGCACGGCUGCUUGGCUUGGCUGGCUUUGUGGCUGUCUUGUCUUGCUGCGUAAUGAGUAUGGUACCAACUACGCCGGCUUUUCUGGCCGGCCGGCUUGGCUUCAUUUGCAAUGCAUGUGUGUGCACGUCACGUCAUGUGUGUCCAUCUGUCGAUCGGUCGUUUGGUCGUUUGUUCAGUCAGUCAGUCAGUCGGCUGCGUGUGCGCAUGUGUGUGGCUGAAUUUAGUGGGUGGGCUUGGUGUAGGGAGGCGGUAAUCCCUGGCGUAGGUACACUCACUGGCUCACUCAGUCACUCACUCACUCCCCUCUUCCUUGCUACAUACAAACGCACCCACCCCCCAUCCACCCGCUUCAUGCAUUGGAUACCCUACUUGCUGCUGAGAGAAAGGAAGAGUGUGUGUGCGUACUGGCUGCUGCUGCUGCUGCUGCUAUUUGCUGCAUGCUGCGUGCGAAGGUCGGUGUUCUAUGAAGCGUCCUUCCCUGUCUGAGUGUCUUCCUGCCUUCCCGGCCGUGCCAUGCAAAUCCCAGCCAGCCAGAUACACCUAGACUACGCCACGCCACGCCACGCCACACACGUCAUGGACCCACCCAGCCGAUGCGUGCAUUCUUGUGCCUUUCAUCUCCCUCCCUCAAGUGAGACGGGCGUCGCGGCCCCCUCGUGUGUACCACACACCAUGAGAUGAUUGAUGGGCUGUCUGGUUGGUUGGUGUCUUGUCUGUCUUGGCACAUGAUUGGUGUGGCCAGCCACUUGUCGUGCAUGACUUACUUACUCCCUUACUCACUCAUCGAGACAGACAGACAGACAGGCAGGACAGUACGUCAACGUGCAGGCAGACAGGCAGGCAGGACGCCUAUCGAGGUGGCCUGGGUGGGUGGGUAUCUGGCUGUCUGUCUGUUUCGUACAUACUUGCGUGUCGUGUCGUGUCGUGUCGUGUGGUGUGGCGUCGUGGCGCGGUGUCCGAUCUUUGUACCGAUCGCAUGCAUGCCUGGACGGGCGCUGUUUGGUGGAUGGAUGGAUAAUACGACAGCCACAUAUAUCGCUGGCUGGCUGGCUGUCGAUCGGUCUGUCUAGAAGUAACAACUGCUGACGCACUGAAUGCAUGGCAUGGCAUGGAUCGCCUGACUGACUCCUUCCAUACUCCUUCCAUGUCUUCCUGACUCUCCGACUCACUCGCACGCAGCGAAGGAGUUCGUGAGAUGAUACGGGACGAGUUGAGUCGAGGUGCCUUCACGUGUGUGUCUUUCCCCUCCCCCACUCAAGGGCCGGCUCGUUGGCUGAGAGCACUAGAGAGCAGUGUCCUUGCCCUGCUGUGCUCUGAGUCCACGAUCUUGUCUCUCUGUGGGUGGAGGGAGACAUGUGUUGGUUGGCCGUUGGUGCGAUGCCGUGCGAUGUGGCACAUGCGGACCAUUCGGACAAUUUGGUUGGUACAUGCCCUGAAGCUUGCCGUCGACCCUCAUCGACUCACACAAGCAGCAAGGUCUCUCCCUCCCUCACACACACACAUACUCGAUCGUACAAAUACGUACGCGUACAUCGAUCGGUCAAACGUCUGAGUGAGUCAGUCAGUCAAUCGAAUCGACACAAAACAUCCCUCCCAUCAUCAAUUGCUGUCCGCUGGACAGGACAGCUGCCUGCAAGUAAGUGUGCUUCGGCCGGCUGUAAUCAAUCAACCGUUUGCUCUCGAUCUGUUUGACUGACUGACUGACCCACUCACUCACGCACUGUUUGGCUUUGGCGUGACAGAUCGUGUCGAGUGAGGACAGGAUGAUGUCGGCUGGUGGUCUUGCCUCGCUCGUGAUGGUCGCGGCUGUCGUCUGCACGCCUUUGUCACAUGCGCUCAUCCCGUAAGCACACAACCAAACAAACACCAUCACGCAGUCCAGUCAGUCUCUCAGCUCAGCUCAUCGAUCGGCUGUGCUGUGCAUUGCAGAGGUCUCGAGGGUGUGUUGGGCCAGGCCAUCGGCGUCCCUCAGCCCCCCGCAGCCGCACCAAUGACACCUCCCGCUGGCCAAACAGUGCCACCACCAGCAGCAGCGCGAGCCGCCCAGCCCGCCGCGACCAUCACCGAAGAGGAGCUCGAGGAGGCCGGGGAAGAGGAAAGCGACGUGGCGGCCGCACUGGCUCAAACCAAGCUGGCGCAAACACAAUUGGAGGGACAGGUGCACCAACUGCAGACCGCACUCGCCCAGGCCAACAGCGAAAACCAGAGACUCCAGGCACAGCUCAACGAGACGGACGAGCGCAUCAACACACUCGAGAGCUCUCCUGACAACAACGUGGCCAUCGACCUGCGGCAAGUCAAGGCGUCGGAUGGGAGAGAGAGACACAGAGAGACACACAAAUGGACGGACAAACAAAUGAGUGUCUCUCUCUCUCUCUGUGUGUGUGUGGGUGCAGAUUCCCCAAGACGGCUGGCGGUGCUGAGGGUGCGGCGGCAGCAAAGAAGCCAAUCGUGCCAGGCACGCACCAAACCAACCAGACAGACACAACAGACAGACAGACAGAGACAUCACAUUCACAUGUCUCUGUCUGUGUGUGUCUGUGUGUCUGUGUCAGCGGCGUCGAUCCCCACUGGCGGAGCUGUUGUGGUGGUUCGGCACCAGCAGCCGAAGAGCCUCAGAACGGCAGAGGUCAGCCAUCUAA